AUGAGUAAUUCGAAGAGAAGGAUCGAAACAGAUGUGAUGAAGCUUCUCAUGAGCGACCACGACGUGGAUCUAGUCAACGACAACAUGCAGGAAUUUCACGUCAAGUUUCAUGGGCCCAAAGACACGCCCUAUGAGAGCGGGGUUUGGCGACUGCAUGUCGAGCUGCCGGACAACUACCCCUACAAGUCGCCUAGCAUCGGAUUUGUCAACAAGAUAUACCAUCCGAACAUCGAUGCAGCGUCCGGCUCUAUAUGUCUGGACGUGAUAAACUCGACCUGGAGCCCGCUAUACGAUCUGAUCAACAUCAUUGAGUGGAUGCUCCCAGGGCUCUUGAAGGAGCCCAACGGCAGUGAUCCGCUCAACAACGAGGCCGCUACGCUACAACUGAAAAGCAAGGAGCUUUACGAGCAGAAAAUCCGCGAGUAUAUCGACAAAUACGCAACGGAGGAGAAGUACAGCGGAACUUUUGGCUUGGGAAAUAACAGCGACGACGACGACGAAGACGGCCAAGACGAUGAAGACGAAGGUGCGAGUCAAGACGAAGGUGCGAGUCAAGACGAAUACAGUGAUGCUGUGGCAGGCACACGUACGCAUGGAGACAACAACGAGGUCGACGAUCUGAGCGACGUAGCGCUAUCGGACGCCGAUGACACCGACAAUCUGAGCGAGGAACUCACCAAUAUUCAAGUCAGCGACGAUGACGACGACGAAGACAUGUACGACGACGACGACGAUGAUGAUGAAGAUGAUAUCGUCUAA